AUGGCGUCCAAGAGGAAGCAUGCGGCCAUGGAGCCCGAGGACGCGGAGCCCAUCGACCCAGCCGAUGAGCUGAUGUUCUUGUGCUUGGGCGGCGGCAACGAGGUCGGCCGCUCCUGCCACAUCCUCCAGUACAAGGGCAAGACAGUCAUGCUUGAUGCCGGCAUGCACCCUGCUUAUGAAGGCCUGUCGGCCAUGCCCUUCUACGACGACUUUGAUCUCAGCACAGUAGACGUGCUCCUGAUAUCACAGUAUGUAUCCACACCUGCCUUUGGUCCUAGCAUCCAAGUGCGCGGGCCAGGCGUAUCACUGCAGUCGUACAUGCAUGGGGGACUAUGGGCGGCCAACCUCUUUUUCCACGUCGAUCAUGCAGCCUCGCUCCCCUACGUCCUGGCCAAGACAAACUUCAAGGGCCGAGUCUUCAUGACGCACCCCACAAAGGCCAUCUACAAAUGGCUCAUCCAGGACUCCGUACGUGUCGGCAACAUGUCGAGCUCGUCAGAGACCAAGAUCCAAAUGUACACCGAACAGGACCAUCUCAACACCUUCCCUAUGAUCGAAUCUAUCGACUUCUACACCACGCACACCGUCUCUGGCAUCCGCAUCACCCCUUACCCCGCUGGACACGUACUGGGAGCAGCCAUGUUUCUGAUCGAGAUCGCCGGCCUAAACAUCCUGUUCACUGGUGACUACUCACGAGAAGACGACCGACAUUUAGUCUCUGCUUCUGUUCCGAAGGAGGUCAAGAUUGACGUACUCAUCACCGAGUCAACCUUUGGUAUCUCCACACAUACACCGCGCGUUGAGCGCGAGACCCAAUUGAUGAAGGCCAUCACCGACAUCCUGAACCGCGGCGGCAGAGCAUUGCUCCCUGUAUUCGCCCUUGGACGAGCUCAAGAGCUGUUGCUCAUCCUCGACGAGUACUGGGGCAAGCAUCCGCAGUACCAAAAGGUGCCCAUCUAUUACAACUCCAGUCUGGCCAGGAGAUGUAUGCAGGUCUACCAAACCUACGUGGGUGCCAUGAACGACAACAUCAAGCGCCUCACCAAGCAGCGAUUCGCCGAGGCGGAAGCCGAGGGCGAUGUAGGCCGCCGAGGAGCGUGGGAUCUCCGCUUUGUGCGUUCGUUGAAGAACUUGGAGCGUUUCGACGACAUGAGCGGAUGUGUCAUGUUGGCUUCGCCUGGUAUGAUGCAGUCUGGCACAUCUCGUGAAUUGCUCGAACGAUGGGCACCAGAUCCAAGGAACGGUGUCAUCAUCACCGGUUACUCGGUCGAAGGCACCAUGGCCAAACAGAUUGUUCACGAGCCUGAGCAGAUUCCUGCAAUCAUGACACGAGCAGCAAACAACAGCCGCCGCGUGGGUCAGAGAGAGAACGAACAGAUCAUGAUUCCCAGACGCUGCACCGUGCAAGAGUACAGUUUCGCCGCCCACGUCGACGGCAAGGAGAAUAUGGAAUUCGUGCAGGAAGUCGCCGCGCCGGUAGUCAUCCUCGUCCACGGUGAAAAAGGCAACAUGACACGUCUCAAGUCCAAACUUCUCGGCUUCAACGCACACAAGGCAGUGCCUACCAAGAUCUACUCGCCCGCCAACUGCGAAGAACUCCGGAUUCCUUUCAAGACAGACAAGAUUGCCAAAGUUGUCGGCUCGCUCGCUGCUAUCCAGCCACCUUUACCUCGCUCGCUUAAAGCACCUGGUGAAGACGGUGAGUCCGAGCAAGUUGUUGAAGAAAACGAGAGCAACGCUCUCAUCAGCGGCGUCCUCAUCCAGAACGACUUCAAGAUCUCGCUCAUGGCGCCUGAGGACCUUAAAGAAUAUGCUGGUCUCACAACGACAACCAUCGUCUGCCGCCAACACCUUACACUGUCUGCUGCAGGUACUGAGCUUAUUCGCUGGGCGCUCGAGGGCACCUUUGGCGCAAUCAAAGAGACAGAGAUCACCGACAAGGCAGUCGACGGCAAAGAGGUCAAUGGUAACGGCAUGAAAGAAGACGCUGACGAAGACAUCAGCCGCACAAGCGUCCAAUUCACCGUCAUGGACUGCGUAAACGUGCUCGUCCAGCCCGGCGGCCGCGUCGAGGUCUCCUGGGAAGGCAACGCGAUCAACGACGGCAUUGCCGACGCCGUCCUCGCCGUCCUCUUCACCGUCGAAAGCUCCCCAGCCGCCGUGCGCCAAUCCUCCCGCCAACACGCUCACUCCCACGCCCACCCGGAGAAACCCACCCCGCCCAAACACCACCCGCACGCCACAUCCGAUCCCUCGACCCGCCUCGCCCGCCUACUCCUCUUCCUCGAAGCCCAAUUCGGCGAAUCCGCAGUCUCGCCAAUCGCGUACCCACGCUCCUCGCUCUCCAACCCCAACACCACUACCUCCUCCACCGACGACGAAAGCCACACACUCACCCUCUCCGCCGACGACAAAUCGGAGCUCAAGCGCCUGCACAACCAGGGCAUCCCUGUCCCCGGCAUCGAAAUCAAAUUCGACCGCUUCGUUGCCCGCGUCUGGCUCGAGGAUCUGGAUGUCGAGUGUGCGAAUAAUGCGUUCCGCGCGAGGGUCAAGGCGGUUGUCGAGAGGGCCGUGGAGACGGUUAGUGGUUUGUGGAGGUAG